UAGUUUUCACCGAUCCUGUCGUACGAUUGUUCUGCUAUAAUUUGUGUUUAUUUUCUUAUUCAAAACAGAAAGUUACAAUGUCUGAAGUUGUUAUCUUGUCAGCUGCAAGAACACCGAUAGGUUCAUUUAAUGGAGCACUAUCUGUGUUUGCGGCUCAUGAUUUGGGUAGUAUUGCAAUAAAAGAGGCCUUGAACAGAGCCGGCAUCAAAGGAGAUGAAGUGUCAGAGGUCAUCCUGGGUCAAGUUUUGACUGGAGGUCAAGGUCAGAACCCAGCUCGUCAGGCUGCAGUGAAGGCUGGCAUUCCAUUCAGUGUUCCUGCAUGUGGGGUUAAUAUGUUGUGUGGGUCAGGGCUGAGGUCUGUUGUUUUAGCCAGUCAAGCAAUCAAAACAGGUGACGCCACCAUUGUUGUGGCAGGUGGGCAGGAGAGCAUGAGUAAGGCACCACAUUGUAUUCAUUUAAGAAGCGGAACAAAGUUUGGAGAUGCCAGUCUGGUUGAUUCAAUGAUGCUAGAUGGUUUGACUGAUGCUUUCAAUAACUAUCACAUGGGUAUUACAGCUGAAAAUGUGGCAAAACAGUGGAACAUCUCCAGAGAGGAGCAGGACAAUUUUUCCCUCAACUCACAACUCAAGUGUGAGGCUGCACAAAAAAAUGGAAGCUUUGAUAAAGAAAUAGUUCCAGUCAUUGUGACAUCUAGAGAAGGUGCUAAAGAAAUAAGAAAAGAUGAGUUUCCAAGGUCGGGGUGUACUCUAGAAGCAUUCCAAAAACUUCGUCCAGCUUUUGUUAAAGAUGGCACUGGGAGUGUUACAGCAGGAAAUGCUUCAGGGAUCAAUGACGGGGCGGCUGCCAUUGUUUUGUCCAGUCUAGAGGUGGCAGCUAGUCGAGGGGUCAAGCCAAUGGCUAGAAUAGUGUCCUGGGCCCAGGCUGGCGUUGACCCCUCUAUCAUGGGAACUGGACCUGUGCCAGCAGUAAAAAAAGCUCUGGAGAGUGCUGGAUGGCAGAUAGCAGAUGUUGACCUGUUUGAACUCAAUGAGGCAUUUGCUGCUCAAUCAUUAGCAGUGGUGAAGGAAUUGGGAUGUGAUGUUGAUAAGGUGAAUGUAAACGGAGGUGCAAUAGCCCUGGGUCACCCAAUAGGUGCAUCAGGUGCCAGAAUCUUGACCACUUUACUGUACGCUCUGCAAGCUCAAAACAAAAAAAGGGGGGUGGCAGCCUUGUGUGUUGGGGGAGGGAUGGGGAUCGCCUUGUGUGUGGAGAACUUGCAGAUCAGUUAGAUCUACACUUGACCACUCAUCUAUUUUAUAUCGACCAAUCAGAUUUUCAUUACAGUGGAAUAAAAUAUUUUUUUAUGGCAUGAAAGGAAGAAAGAGGGGAACCCAUUAUGUAAGGGAUUAAUGGAUUUGUACUGAUAUUUUUGCAUUAAAAUGAUAUGAUUUUAUCCAUUUUUAUGUCAUGCUUCAAAUGAAAGAAAGGUGAUAUUAGUUUACAAUUACAAAUCACCUUUUCUUAUUUAAAGCUUUAAAAAUUUACAACAGGAAAUUAUGAAUGUUUUUCAAGGUUUGGUCUUUUUUUUAUCUUUGAUUUUAUCAGAAUCUCUUUUAAGAUAUUUUCAUAAUAUGUUCUACAUAUAGUAUUAUAAUUGUUGGUUUCUUCUUUGAUAUUGUGGUGCAUGUUUUGACUAUUUAAAACAACUUUAUAUAAAAACACACAAACAAGGACUGAGAU